AGAAGAUAACGGUUGAUACGCACUACAACAACAAAUUCACUUCCUGAAAAAGAAAAUGUCGACGUUAUAGUUGCUGGAUAGCUCACCGGUCGUUGAAAUCUGUAUCACGUACUGCUCGACAUGUCUGCCAAGCGUGUGAACACCACUGCGACAGCCCGUCUCAAGCAGGACUACAUCCGGAUUGUCAAGGACCCCGUUCCCUACGUUUCGGCUAUACCGCUACCGUCUAACAUUCUGGAGUGGCAUUACAUUGUGCAUGGACCAGAAAAUUCACCAUAUGAAGGUGGAAUUUUCCACGGAAAGCUGAUUUUCCCUCGAGAAUUUCCCUUCAAGCCUCCCAGUAUAUACAUGAUCACACCCAAUGGCAGGUUCAAGUGCAAUACAAGACUCUGUUUGUCAAUCAGUGACUUCCACCCUGACACAUGGAACCCAGCCUGGUCUGUGUCCACUAUUCUCACCGGUCUGCUCAGCUUUAUGCUUGAGCGGAGUCCGACCCUGGGAAGUAUCGAGACAUCUGACUAUACAAAACGUCAACUAGCAGCUCAGAGUGGUCCAUUCAACCUUCAGAACAAAAUCUUCUGUGAGCUCUUUCCAGACAUGGUGGAGGAGAUCCGAAAGGAGAUCAAGAAGCGUGAAGAGGAGAUGCAGCAGUCGACGGAUUCGAGCGGCAAGUUGACCGGCGGCCGGCUGGACAGCAAGACAGGCCUGACUGGUCACCCCAACACGGUAGUCAACGGUCGAAAUCAGGGCUUCUUCGGCAGCGCUCUCGCCAACGUCUUCGUUAUCAUCGGCUUUGCCGCUUUCGCGUACACCGUCAAGUACGUUCUACGGAGCGUCGUCGACUGAUGGCUGGCUGCUCGUGUCUCUCGUCGUCAGUGACAACGACGUUCGGACGUUGGUGGUUUUUCCCCUCAUUGUGAUAAACAGCGGAUAGAUUUCAGCUUGGCUGAAAGUGUACGACAGUUUCAGACGGGACUGUCCCAAGUUUGCUGCCCUUGUGAGAUAUUUCCAGCACAUGAUCUAUGUAAAUAGUAUACGAGCCUGAGUGUCAUACUGGCUUUUUGAAACCAUUGUCAUAAUUCAUGUAUUGCACAAGUGAGAACAAGAGUAAUACAUAAAUUCUGACACAAGUUUUGUCAAAUCAGUAUGACUCACACGCGAGUGUAAUAAUUCCUUUAUUUUCAAUAUUAUUAUUGUUAUUUUUUAUUAUUAUUGAAUAACGAGGACCGUCUCAAACUCUUUCAACGACAACUAGAAGGAAAUGACGUAUUUCUCAUGCACAGUCUGAUCUAGGACUGGCAAGAAACGUCCGGUUAUGAUGUCACUUCCCAAAAUUAUGUCAUUACACUUGUUAUUACACAACGUGUGCUGCGUAUGAUUUUUAAUUAACUCUGUUAUGUUGAACGACAUGGAUAAUAAUGAUUUAAAUUACAUAUUAUAUAACAUGCCGGUCUUUGUCGGGAGCAGAAUCAAGGUGAGCUGAAGAUCACUGUCCUCAAAUGGUGCCAGGCAAACAGUCACAUGAAGUUUCAAAAUAAAUUUGUUAAUUUUCUUAUCGCAAGGUGAUUAAUUUUUAGCUCUUCUUAAAAAUGAGUGAGUGUGGAUGGGAGUGUCUCUGUGUGUCUCUGUGUGUCUCUUGCUUUUCAUCUCAAAGACGGCAUUCUCUUGUUUACAAUUAUUACAUGCCAUGUGCUCUAGUGGUGUCUUUAAACAAAACCCACUUUGACUAAAGUUUUAUAACCACGAUCCAUCUGACAUUGUUGUUAUUUCAUUCCUUUUCUGGACAGUUAGAUUUUAACUCUUGUAUGCUAUCAUGCUCCUCAAACAUUUCCAUUGAAAUAUUUUCAUAGUCGUUGAUAUGAUAAGCAACUGAUUAAUUCUGACGGUUGACUUGUGAUGAAUGGUUAUUGGGCUGGAGUAGUGGUUGUGGGUUUUAGUUCUCUAUUUGUAGUAUUCUUUAGUACGAUUCUUAACGUGGCAGAACCAAAAUGUUUUUGUUUCCUCUGUCACUCGAUUUGAUUGGCACCAAAUAAUAUGGUGGUGUUACUCAUGCGUCAGAACGUCUGUUUACAGAUAUUCAAAAUGAGUCUCGCGUAUUCAGUAUCGGUGUGCUGGAAUUGAACACCGGUCUGUACACGCUUGAAGGUGGGGACAGGCAGCAAGAAACAACUACCGCUGAAAACAGACAACAUGGGUCAAAUUCACGCAGUCUGUUUAUUUCUAACAUGCGUGUAACCACAUACAGUUACAAUGCUUAAACACCACCGGCAUUUAAUGCAAGGCUCAGACUACCAACUACCAACACAAAGUUGGCCAACCUGAUGAUUUCUCGACUUCUACGACUGUCCAGUUGUUUGAGCGCUGUUACAACUCUAUUCUCAUCGUAUACAACUCCUACGACUGUCCAGUUGUUUGAGCGCUGUUACAACUCUAUUCUCAUCGUAUACAACUCCUACGACUGUCCAGUUGUUUGAGCGCUGUUACAACUCGAUUCUCAUCGUAUACAACUCCUACGACUGUCCAGUUGUUUGAGCGCUGUUACAACUCGAUUCUCAUCGUAUACAACUCCUACGACUGUCCAGUUGUUUGAGCGCUGUUACAACUCGAUUCUCAUCGUAUACAACUCCUACGACUGUCCACUUGUUUGAGCGCUGUUACAACUCCAUUCUCAUCGUAUACAACUCCUACGACUGUCCAGUUGUUUGAGCGCUGUUACAACUCCAUUCUCAUCGUAUACAACUCCUACGACUGUCCAGUUGUUUGAGCGCUGUUACGACUCGAUUCUCAUCGUAUACAACUUCUACGACUGUCCAAUUGUUUGAGCGCUGUUACAACUCGAUUCUCAUCAUAUACAACUCCUAUGACUGAUUAGUUGUUUGAGCGCUGUUACAACUCAAUUCUCAUCGUAUACAACUUCUACGACUGUCCAGUUGUUUGAGCGCUGUUACAACUCGAUUCUCAUAUACAACUCCAAUGACUGAUUAGUUGUUAAUCUGACAGCACCUGUCAUAAGUUGGCAGUUAGAGGUUGGCAAGUUGGCCAACUCAGGCGUGACAGUUGACUGUGUGACCCUAGCAUAAGAAAACCAGGCUUCAUAGAUUUGGCUCUGUGUUUUCUGAUAAUCAAUUCACAAGUAGCUUUUUCUUUUGAAUUCCAUCUUUAAAUUAAGAAAUUAGUGUCGACAUUAAGAUGAUCAGAAUUAAAUUAAUUAUGUAUGUAUAUAUAUAUAUACAUAUAUAUAUAUAUAUAUAUAUAUAUAUAUAUAUAUAUAUAUAUUUAAUGACUGUGGUAGUUUAACUUUACAUAAAGUAAGAAUGAAGUUUGUAUAUCAGUUGAUGCAACGUGACCGAGAACUGAUACUAAAUUUUUAGAUUGAAAUGUUGGAAACAGAUUGUUCCUCAUUUUAAAAAAUGAAUUUCACCCGUAUUCAACUUGAGCUCUGAUUUGCAGCACCAGUGAAGUAUAUUUAAAAUCACCCCCACACCCCAUUCCCACUACCAUCCCGCUUCUCCUUGCAAAAAAAUAAAGCUCGUCUUUUUGUUGCAUGUUUAUGAAAGUUACAGUUUGUAAUACAUAGACUUGUACAUAAUUAUUUUGAUUGAGAGAUGUACAUAAUUUAUUGUAUUCGAUUAAAAACAUCUGUUCAG